UGUCAUUUGACGUAUGUCCGAUCUAUCCCCAUUUACUUGCUGAGCAAUAUAUUCGUGAAUAUUUGGCUCCCAGAGUUUCUUGUUCGUAAUUCUUUCCAGCCUGUUACCUGAUCUUCAGUCUAGAGCUAGAGAAGUCUGUUCGGAAUGCUUUUUAGUAAAGCGCCAAGUUCCUGACCUGUAUAGAAGAAGUGACUGACAUGAAAUUGGUGUUGAAAAUCCAUAUUUUGUUGUUGACGCUGAGUGAAGUAUAUUUCCAAACUGAUUACAGAAUGAUGAAGGUCUGUCUUGCCUUUCCAAUUCCGAUUUUAACAUCCUCAUGCCUGAUUGUUUGUAUGAUUUAAUGUAGAGUCAUGUGAUCAAUAUCAUUAGAAGGCAUUUAAAUAACAUUAACAAUUAAUCGAUAAAUCUUAACUAUAAUGUGAAUAUAAUGUGAAUUAAUGUAAUGGCUAAAAAACAUCAAAAAGAUGGUAAAAUUAAAAAGUUAGAACGUAAAUCAAAAGCGAAACAAGACAGACCUAAUUCAGAACUUGACUGUAACCAGUCUGAAUCAUCACAACAUGAAAUUUAUCCGUCUACAGAUUAUCCACAUCAAUAUCAUCCUCAUUAUGACAUAGAAAGACAACAACAAUAUCCACAAGAUAGAGAACACUAUCAACCUCGUCAUCACAACCCAUACUAUCAACACAGUCAGCAGUUGCAACAACAACACCAACAUCCCAGGUAUCCUCAACGACAUCAACGUCUAUAUCAAUAUUUCCGAAAGAAUACAGAUCUAUCAAAGAGUACAGCAUCUGGAGAUGAUUCGAAAUUCACUUAUGCUUGGUGUCAAUUAUGGUUAUGUGUAAUACUUAUCUUAUUAUUUCCAUUCACUAUAUUCGGUUUAAUAACACUUGUAUUAAUGUUAACAGCUUAUACUGAUUUAAACAAUAAACAGUUUAGACAAUAUCAACGUAAGAUAAAACGAACAAAGUAUAUAUUAGCAACAGUUUAUUUUACAAUAUCACUUUUAUUCUCUUUAGGCCUAACAAUGAUAAUUAUUUUAUCGUCUACAAAUAUGUUGAAUAAAGCUGAAAUUUUAAACAAAACACGUGGAUAUUUAAAAAAAUUAAUUCAAUGA